AACUGUUAUGUGUACUCUAAACUAUGCCACCUUUCUGCACAGAUUAAGAAUGGUCGCCAGGAUGAAGCGAAUGUCCUUCGAGCAGAAACUACUAGUUGUGUCUGUUACAAGCUUCCUACUCGGCUGCUGCUUGGGAAAACUGUGGUGCUUGCUUCUCGUCCCUUGUGGAAAACGUUCCGUACGGAUUCCGUACGAUGCCGUAGUGGAUGGGAACAGUUCCAUCCGUCUAGCUGGCUUCCAGAUGGCGAUGAUUUUCCUGCCUGUGAGCCGAGGACCACAGACCGGCAGUUUGCCGAGGAACCCUGACGUCGAGAGCUACCUUGGGGAGAAGCCAUGUCAGUGCACAGGGCGGUGGUUAAAAGAAUAUUUCACAACCGAAGACUGGACUGUGAAACAACUGCAAAGAGACAGCAAUCUGAAGAGAUUCAAUAGACGACGCCUUGACCCACCGGAUAUUUAUAACCAUGCGGACGGCCUGUCUCCUGUCAGCUAUCCCGCUCACGGCGUGGUCGUCAGGCCUCUAAGGGCUGUGCUUUUAGAAGGCAUUCGAAUUGAGUGGUUCGAGGUGGAGGACUACUUUAGAGGCACCGUAUUCGAGGUUGAAUUCAGCGGAAAUAUGGGAGUUUUUACAGUCCUCGCCAUUAUUGAAGACGUGAGUAUCGUAGGAGACAACACCAACAACAUGAUCAUCCGGACAACGAAACCGAUUCACCUCAACCAGCAACUCCGAAAAGUCGUCUAUCUCAACACAGAGUUUAACGCAAACAAAUAUGACCUCGUUAAGGUCCGGUACAUGGGCUUCACCGCUACUGUACCUGUCCACAUCCAACACCGACAGCUGCCCUGGUUAUACGAGCCAGAGAAAGGAAAGAUGGGGGACAGAGUCACGGUGGUUGUGACGUCAUCAGGUGACUAUGACAACCUGAGACGCCUGCUGAAGUCUGUGGAACAGUACUACCCUAAAACUACAGUCAUCGUGGCAGACGACAACACUGCAGACGUGUGGAAGGCUUACCAAGUUCGUAAUGUCAAGCACUACAGGAUGCCGCCUAACAAGGGUUAUUUCGCAGGCCUGAACCUCGGAAUAUCUCAAGUCGCCACGGAAUAUGUCCUCAUCGUAGAUGACGAUCAGUACUUUACUAGAAAAACCAAACUGAGGGAAUUAGUGUCGAUGUUGGACCACACCAACUAUCACUUGGUUGGAGGUACGGUGGAAAACCCCGGCCAGAGCCUCGGCAGUACUUACCGUAUCCUCGGGAACGCCACACACGCGUGUCUGGAGAGUCAGCGGCAGGUGUACCAUCAGGUGCAGGGGUAUCCCGGUUGUCACGCUGCAGACCGCGUGGAUAGUUUUUUCCUGGCGUCCACAGCUGACAUCAGGGGGGUGGGGUUUGAUCCCCACCCCGCACAGGCACGGAACGGGCGGCAGGGGAGGGGCAUGUCGGAGUUUUUCGUGGCUGCCCUAGGCAGACUCCGGAUCGCGGUGUGUCAGCACGUGACUAUCGGACAGGACGACCGGAGCGUCGGUACCAGCAGACAGCAGCGGGCAGCAGACAUGGGCAUGGAGGACACGCAUAACUUACUCAGGGACAACCUGACGUGCCUGGGACAUAACUCUCAGUAGACAAAAUUAUCCUCUCAUGCAAGACCUUUGCGUAUGUGAAACAGACGACCGUGUACAUAUCAAGUCCGUCCUAGGUCCGUAUAGAGUUUUUUUUCUUACACAGCCGCACGCACAAUACGUACCUCAUAUGCUUUUAAAUUGUAUUAUGUCAGAUUUAGGUAUUGUGAAUUGGACUGUACUGUACUGUAUGCGUACAUCAAACUGACCACAAAAAAAAAAACGAUUGGAGUGCACAUGAAAUGCAUUUUGUGCGUACGGCUGCGCAUUGAGAAAUGUCAAUACGGACUUUAUAUGAAGUUUAUAUACACAAUCGUCUGACUACACGUUAAGUGCUUGUCAUGAAUCACCAGACAAUUACGUCACCACCUACGGUCGAGAAGCAGCGAGAUUUGUUCCUUUCUCUCUAAUCACAGGAAUGUCUGUCAGUCUGAUUGGUUGACGACUCGUUAGAGCUAUUGCAAGGAUAUGCAGGGUUAACGCAGAACGUCUGUCUUUAAUUAGGUAGCACCUUUAGAAUAUAGGUUUGAAAAUGUCUAUUUUUUAUAAUUAUAUAUGACAAACCGCGACGUCAACAUUGGAGCUUUUUUUACAUGGCGAUUUACAACUAUGAAUAUGAUAAAAUCUGCAAUGUUGAAUUUUUAAUAGUUCCAUUUAUGUCUGUUUUGUAAAAAGACGCCAAAUAUGCAUGUGACUGUAAUUUUAAGAAAGAUUUAAAAAGGGGUUAUACAUUAAAAAGUGUAUUUUUGCGUCAAUAAGCAUCUUUCAAUGCAUCUUUACGUAAGGCCAUGUUGAAAUAAAGUUUUUAAACACAC